AUGAUGAAGGGCCUGUAUACUCUUGAGAGGAUGAUUUUACUGUUAUCUAUGAUGUUCAUAUAUACUGAGGUUUAUGCCAUCACCUUUUGUGAAAAGUCUGCCAUUACAGUUAGAUACGUUGAUCACUGUCCAACAGACUUCAGAUCGUGGGGAAUUGUGGCCAAAAAGAUGAACUGUGAAUCCAUUGAACAACAUUGCUCAGAUUCCUUCAAAACCGGGCGACAUCAGUUCCAGUACCAUUGCGUCAUCAAUGCUUGGAUGAACGCCACUUUGGAAGUGUGCGCCCUAAAUAGAACUAUAUUUGGGUAUUGUACAGAAUACAACAUCAACGGGUUUGUGAUACAAGAUAAUUAUGGGGCAGACUGUACGAAGUUAAACCCGCCAUGUCCGUCAUCGUACAACUCGGCAGAGGCAUACAAGUAUCAAACUUGCUAUGACCUGGUAAAAAGGAAUCGUAAGAUGGCAGACUACACUAUUAAAGAUUCGAAGCAUCCUUAUUCGGCUUCAGAAAGACUCUGUGGAAUGUUGGCCUUACCAAUCCUGACCAUUCUCCAUGUGAUGCGUGCGCAUGUUUUGUAAAAACAUUUCAUAUAAUUUGGUUACUAACGUGUAGUAUGCAGG